AUGGGGAUUGUCCUCUUUUUCCUCGAUGAGAAGUGCUCUGCCAUUCAUGGCUUCAUCCCAGCUGCACGGGCGAACCAAUACAGAGACGUCUUACGCGAAGGUCUUAUUUUUCAACUCGGUCUAUUUGAGGUAGGCCGAUGCACAAACCUCUACAGGAUCACCGACCAUCCAUUUGUCGUUCGUUUCCUACCAGACACAACCAUUGUUCCACUAACUGAUGUUGGAGUCUCUAUUGCAAAAGAUAAAUUCAUGCUGCAGAAAUCCGACCACCUCCAGGCUCUGGCUAAUACCAACCUUGAACUCCCAGAUACCACCUACAUAUCCCAGAUGUUGUCGGUCAAAUCCGCUUUGUGCAAGGCGCAAACUUAA